GGUGGUGGUGGGUGGGGGGGCCGGUACAGAGGGAGAAAACGGUGAGCCGGACGGAUUUGGGGUACCGAUCGGAAAGGGAAUCGAAAAUGCUCUUCGGGUCAUUCGCCGGAGCGAUCGUCUGCGUCCAGUGGGGAUUCGUUCUAACCGGAGGUCUGACCUACCAAGCUCCCGAGCUGACCAUUCGCAGGAAGGAGCUCAUUGUGGAAGCAAAUGAAACCUUCGUAGUCACGUGCAGGGGCCUGAAACCCAUGAGCUGGUCUGGACCCAACCUUGAAGAUGGGGCAAAAGGCAGAUUCCGUACAACCAGCCACAAGUGUAAAGACAGGUUAUGUAGCACCCUGACCCUGACCAGGACCCAGUACAACGAUACAGGAUAUUACACUUGCUACGAUGACACUUCUCUAGGAACUAAGAACCUUGGAGGCCGCGUCUAUUUAUUUGUCAGAGACAAUCAAAACCCUUUCGUGCAGUCCCACCCAGAAAUUCCCAAGGUGAUAAAGUUGGAUGAAAGCAAGGAUUGGGUGGUAAUUCCCUGCAGAGUCACAGCGCCAGAUGUCCGCGUCACUCUGUGGACGGGCAACAAUGUCUUCGAGACGAACGGAAUCAACAACACCUGGGAUUCUAAGCAAGGCUUUAUCGUUCGGAAACCCGAAUUCCUUCGCGUCCUCCCUCACAUGCUCAAAUGCCAGACCGUGGUGAACGACCAGACCUUCGCAACUUACUACCUAAUGCACGUCGAAGUUGAAGGAGUUGAUAACGUUUGGCUUAACGUCAGUGAUAAAGUCAAGAUGCUCGCCGGGGAGACUCUGGUUAUUAAAUGCACAGCAGAAAUCCCUCUAAAUAGCAGACUCGAAUUUCAGUGGUAUUUUCCCCGCAAAAUGGCCGCGAACACGUCCAGGUGGGAAAGCUCAAAUUCGUCGAGUCACGUCUUUGCCAGCGUCUUGACUUUGGAGAACGUUCAGCGAGAGGACAACGGCACCUACGUGUGCAAAGCGUACAACAAACAGAAAAAGCGAUCAAAGACUAAAGUCAUUGUGUUUGACCGAGCUUUCCUGAAAGCAGAUUUCAGAAACGGCUCCACUUUCAACGUGUGGACCGGACGCAAGAAACUGAGAUUGGCCGUGAAAGUGGAGGCUUUCCCACCUCCAGAAGUGUCCUGGUACAAGAACAGGAUACUCAUUAGUCCGAAUGACACGCUCUUUAUCCAGGAUCGCUACGCCUUGACUGUGUUAGGUGUGACCAAGAGCUGCGCUGGGAAUUAUACCAUCGCGCUCCGCAACAGGCAGCACGGCUUGUACAAGAACCUCACCUUCACGCUACGGGUCAACACCAGCGAAAAGGCAAAGAUCAUCGAGAACACAUUGGGAGAGAAAGGCCCAGAGAUCUAUCUACUGGGCUACAGAGAGUUUCUCUCCUGCACUGUCACUGGGAUACCCACACCUCAGGUUCAUUGGGAAUGGCAACCCUGCGGCAACGCCAGGUUCCAGGCAAAGUGUGACAUGUACUCUUCCAACCAGCAGAAAAUUUUAAUUUCUCCGCAUAUGAAGAGCUUUCAAACAGGCAACAGGAUUGAGUCUAUCACCAACACACCAGUUAAAAAUAUAAACAAGACUGUGAGCACCCUUAUCGUGGCUGAAGCAAAGGUUUCGGGGAUUUAUUACUGCGUGGCUUCAAACAUGUUUGGCAGAGAUACCAGGAGCAUUACCUUCUACGUCACAGAUGUGCCGUAUAUCUUGAUGAUUGAAUCAGGGGAAAUCGAAUCUCGGACCGAAGGGAGUGAUCUAAUCCUGACCUGCAGAGCGACCAAAUAUGCCACCAAGAGAGUGGCCUGGUACUACCAGGCGAGUGCCAACUCGUCGGAGGUGCAGCAGAGCUCUCUCACGCACGCAGUUUACACCAACUACUCGGUGGCCCUUUUCCUCACCAUCAAGAACGUGACUGCAAACAACACGGGGGUUUACAAGUGCAAGGCGUUCAACGUGAUGAGGAAGGAAGUCUUUGAGAGACGCACGGAGCUGCGGGUAGACCCUAAGACGGUGCCUGUGCUGCAGCAGAACUUGACCAAUGUGGAGGUGAACAGCAGCAGCAGGGUGGUGCUGAGGUGUGAGGCCACCGGCCGGCCAAUGCCUUCCAUCGACUGGUACAAGAACGGGCAGCACGUCCUGUCUGCCUCAGGCAUUAUCCUGGAGCCGGGAAGCAAAACCUUGAUCAUUGAGCGAGUCAAGUACGACGAUGAAGGAGAAUACAAAUGCCGAGCCAGUAACGAGAUGGGCACCGUGGAAACAUCGGCCUACCUCUCCGUCAUAGGCUCCGAUGAUAAAUCCAUCCUGGAGCUGGUCACCGUGGUCUGCACUGGCCUGGCGGCCGCCCUCUUCUGGCUCUUACUCACCCUCUUUAUUCGUAAACUGAAGAAGCCAACUUCUGUCGAUAUCAAGACGGGAUACCUCUCAAUCAUAAUGGACCCAGACGAAGUACCCCUGGAUGAGCAGUGCGAGCGGCUCCCGUACGAUGGGAGUCAGUGGGAGUUUCCCCGCGACAGGCUCCGACUGGGUAAAACCUUGGGGCACGGAGCCUUCGGGAAGGUGGUGGAAGCGUCCGCGUUUGGGAUUGACAAGUUUUCAACCUGCAAAACGGUGGCCGUGAAGAUGUUGAAAGAGGGGGCCACAACCAAUGAGUGCAAAGCCCUGAUGUCUGAGCUGAAAAUCCUGAUCCACAUCGGCCAUCAUCUCAACGUAGUCAACCUGCUGGGAGCUUGCACCAAGACAGGAGGCCCACUGAUGGUGAUCGUGGAGUAUUGCAAGUAUGGAAACCUGUCCAACUAUCUCAGGAGCAAGAGGAACGACUUCAUUUUAAUCAAGUGUCAAGAAAGUGUCAACCAGACGGAGAAGCUGAUCGAUGAGCUGAGUGCGGAGCUGAUGGAGAGUAUGAAGCGGAGGUUGGAGAGCGUGGCGAGCACCGGCAGCUCGGCUAGUUCGGGUUUCGUGGAGGAUAAAAGUUAUAGCGACGCAGAGGAGGAAGAGGAAGACUCUGACGAUCUGUACAAGCGAACAAUGACAAUGGAAGACCUGAUCUGCUACAGCUUCCAAGUCGCCAAAGGCAUGGAAUUCCUGGCCUCUCGGAAGUGUAUCCACCGGGACCUGGCAGCCCGUAACAUACUGCUGUCAGAGAACAAUGUGGUGAAGAUCUGUGAUUUUGGCCUGGCUCGUGACAUCUACAAAGACCCAGACUACGUGCGGAAAGGAGACGUCAGACUCCCACUUAAGUGGAUGGCACCAGAAUCCAUCUUUGAUAAAAUCUACACGAACCAGAGUGAUGUGUGGUCCUUUGGAGUCUUGAUGUGGGAGAUAUUUUCUUUGGGAGCCUCGCCGUAUCCAGGGGUGCAGAUUGAUGAAGAAUUCUGCCACAGACUGAAAGAGGGGACGAGGAUGAGGCCUCCGGAAUAUUCUACACCAGAAAUCUACCAAACCAUGUUUGAUUGCUGGCAUGGAGACCCAGGAGAAAGACCUACAUUUAGCGAGCUGGUGGAAAAGCUGGGAGACCUUUUACAAGCGAAUGUGCAGAGGGAUGGAAAAGACUACAUUCCGUUGAACACUAUGACACAAGAAAACGGGGAUUCAGAUUUACCCGCCGCAGGUCCCAGCCUUGUGGAUGACCCACCAAACGCAACCGUGAAUCGCACGAGCACAGGAAACAUUCGGACUCAACGGCAGUAACGCAGGGAAGAGACCGCUCAGCAUGAAAACAUUCGACGAGGUUCCUGUGGAAAACAAGACCGCUCUGCUG